GGUGUAUUACGUCGUCUGAACUUGUCUGCAGAAUCGCGUCUGAUCGCGUGUGUACCGUGUGUACCUUGCACGGAUUGUGAUCCCCCUUUCUGGACGUGAUACCUCUGCUGUAUUUGGAACACGACAAUGUUGCUAAAGAAGCACCUGGAGCGGUUUAUGGCCGAAUUUUUUGCCGGCUUAGGCCGACUGGUUGGGCGAUUUCCGUAUCGGGUAAUUAUCGUCUGCCUGACCGUAUCGGUUGUGUUGAGUGUUGGAUUUGUACGAUUCGAAGAAGUAAACAGUGUUCGAACAGAAUAUUCACCGAUGGAUAGUCCAAGUAGAAAAGAAUACGAUGUGAUGAAAUCUUUUCUCAAACAGAAUGGAACUUUGGAUCCAUCGUAUGUGAUGGUAAUGGCCACCGAUGGUGGAUCAUUGCUUCGCGAGACACAUCGACAACGCCUCAUUGCACUGACAAAAACGAUGCAAGACAACGUUACGGUCGAGUUCAAGGGGAAAACGUACGAGUUUCGCGAUCUCUGUGAACCGUACUGUGAACUCAACACUGCGUUCUUGGCUUUCUUGAAGCUCUACAAUCCGGAAAAUCCAUCGACAUUUACCUAUCCUCAAGUCGAGAUAUUUGGCACACAAGCAAUCAUUGGUAAUAAUGUCUAUGGUGUAACGUUUUUCAAUGGAACAAAUCAAAUCAAAUCGUUUACGACGGCCAUUCUUGGUUUUUAUCUGGUCUCUUCAUAUGAAGAUAGCGAAGUUUUGUACAAGUGGUUGGUUGCGGCAAGGGAAACAUUCAAGGAGGAGCGCUUCAACAUUUUCAAGUGCGAGGUCACUGGCGAUUCUAUGGUCUCAGCCGAGGUUCGACGUCUGGGCUUAGAAACUGCGCCAAUGAUUGGUUUAUCUGUAGUGGCUAUGAUUCUAUUCGUAGUUUGCUUCUCGUUCAGGCGAGAUCCUUCCCGAGCAAAGCCAUGGGAGUCACUUGUUGGAUGUCUAAUUCCAAUUCUUGCCUUAAUAUCAACUACGGGACUGCUGAGUUGGUGUGGGUGGAAAUUUCAGUCCAUCAUUGUUGCCGCCUUCUUCCUUGUCUUGUCGGUAGGAGUUGACGACGUAUUCAUAAUUCUUCGAGCUUGGGACCGAACGAGCGCUGAUGACGACGUUCCCGAACGAAUGGCGUUGACUUUGGAGGAAUCUGGCCCUAGCAUACUUAUAAGCUCGAUUACCAACGCGAUGGCAUUUUUCAUUGGAAUGACCUCACAAACGCCUGCUGUGCGAUCAUUCUCGCUUUACUCAGCUAUAGCAAUCUCAAUUUGCUUUUUAUACCAGCUGAUUAUGUUCAGUGCGGUCCUAUCGGCCAGCGGAUAUCGGGAAAGAAGAGGCAUGCAGAGCUUCCUCUGCUGUAAAAAAGCGAAUCCGAAGGCUCGAUCAGUUCUUGUAGAGAAAAUUGUGCUCCUUCAAAAUAUUGUUAUACGAUUUUAUUCGAGGAUUAUCUCCACAUGGACAGCUAGGUUAAUCUUGGCAGCCUUUAUGAUUGCUUACUACUAUGCUAGUGUCGUCGGUAUAACGCAGCUACGUACAUGGAUUGCUGUGGAGAAAAUGGCAUUGCCGGAUUCUUAUUUGCAAACUUUCCAAGAUCAUUACGAGGCUUCGUUGAAGAAUAUGCAACCGAUCCAAGUGUUCAUUCUCAAUCCCGGAGAUCUGAGGGAUCCACAAAGGCUUGAAACCAUCAAGCAGAUUGUGAGGGAUUACGAGAACGCUACAUACAGUUAUGGUCCCGAAAGUACUUUUUUCUGGCUUCAAGCCUACGAGGACUUCUUAAAUUUCUAUGGAGAAACGGAAGACUUUACUUAUGAAGAAAUGCCUAGAUUCUUCAAAUCUACCACAUAUUUUUACCUUUCGUCAUUCGUUAAGUAUAACGAAACUGCUUGCCUGGAGAACGAUCCUGCAUGCAUAACGUCAUUCUUCUUUAUGACCAAUUUCCACGAACACAUCAAAUAUCACGAACUGAUCCCCGCGGUAAGAGAUUGGCGCGCAAUUGCUGCAAGAUAUCCCGAUUACCAAGUAUACGCCUACUCGGAACACUCUCCAUUUGUUGACCAGACUCUUGCGAUCGACUCCACCGUUUGGGGAUCAAUGGGAGCUGCUCUGUUAUGUACAGCAAUCGCGUGCUUUAUUUUCAUUCCGAACAUCGCAUGUAUAAUCACCGCUUGCUUGUCGGUGUUGUCCAUUGCAAUUGGCCUCUUGGGAAUGCUGAGCCUUUGGGGAAUAGAUCUUGAUCCUUUGUCAAUGGCUGCUUUGUUGAUGGCUGUCGGAUUCUCCGUUGAUUUCACUAGUCACAUUGCUUAUCACUUCUAUAAAUCUAAAGAGAAGGAUCCCGCAAAGAGGGUAGAGGACGCACUCACAUGCAUCGGAUGGCCACUUAUGCAGGUUGGCUUGUCGACCAUUGUGGCGAUCCUGCCUCCGCUUUUGAAGCCAUCUUACAUGGUGCUAGUGUUUCUGAAAACGAUCGUUGUGGUUUGCUCCUUGGGAAUGUUCCAUGGACUGGUCGUCAUGCCUGCAGUAUUGACUGCAGUUAUUAAACGCAGUGAUGACACGAUGUCUCCAAGUGUCACUGAAACGAGCAUGGUGUCUCGGAAGUCGUCGCCUUGCAGUUCUGUUGACCGAAAAGGAAGCAAAAACAGUAGCUGUCUUCUUAGCAAGCUAAACUUGGAUAUAUGGAAAUCGAAAGCUGCUACGGUCGCUCCCGAAAAUGGAAGUGCCGGUACAACGAUUAAACAAGCUCUGCACUAAAUUGCAUCCUCUGCUGCUUGCUGCAUCCAGCAUCCUAUAGUGGUCCACCGCAGAAAGAGGUGGUCGACUCGUAGGCGCAGUUUUAUUUAGCGAGAUCAUUUCCUUAGAGCAAAUUUUGCAGCAAACGGUAUUGCCUGUUAGGGGAUAGAAGCUUCCUCUUUUUAAAAAUCAGUUUCAUGUGCCAAGCAUUCAUUGUGAAGCUUGUUUGUGUGUAUGCCUUUUUUCAUCAUCCUCCGAACUCACUUGCAUGCUUUGAUUUUUAACACCAUUCUGUCUCUAUCCGGAUUGAUUUUACGAGUAUACACCUUUUUUAUAACAGCGUAGGAAAAGAUUGUUGAAAGCCUCAAUCGAACCAAGACUUCACUUACUGCAUAUCCUCUUUUGUGUCCGGUCCUUUCCUUCGUUUGAGAUCUCUUAGAGGC